CCCGGAGGCGCGGGGCGCGGGCGCCGUCUGCGGGGUAUGCCGGGGGCCGGGGCACGCGCGGAGGAGGGCGGUGGUGGUGGCGGCGAGGAAACGGUGCCGGUAACCGGCUCGGAGGCCGGGGCGGUGGCGGGGCGGGAACCCUCGCGGCUGUGCGGCUACCUGCAGAAGCUCUCGGGCAAGGGCCCGCUGCGCGGCUACCGCAGCCGCUGGUUCGUGUUUGACUCGCGUCGCUGCUACCUCUACUACUUCAAGAGCCCGCAGGACGCACUACCGCUCGGCCACCUGGACAUCGCCGACGCCUGCUUCAGCUACCAGGGCCGCGAUGAGGCUGCGGAGCCCGGAGCCGAGCCGCCCACGCACUUCCAGGUGCACAGCGCUGGUGCAGUCACGGUGCUCAAGGCUCCUAAUCGCGAGCUCAUGACUUACUGGCUACAGGAGCUUCAACAGAAAAGAUGGGAAUAUUGCAACAGCCUUGACAUGGUGAAAUGGGACAGCAGGACUUCCCCAACUCCUGGAGAUUUUCCUAAGGGCCUGGUAGCCAGAGAUAACACAGAUAUAAUUUCCCAGCACCCAAAUCCUUCUGCAGAAAAAGCCAGAACUGUGCUCGCUGUGGAAGCUGCCCCCGGAGAGCUGGUGGGAGACCGAGCUGCUCGCCAGCCAGCCCCAGGGCAUCCGAAUUCCAUUAACUUUUACUCUCUGAAGCAGUGGGGUAAUGAGCUCAAAAAUUCGAUGUCAUCUUUCCGUCCUGGGAGAGGACAUAGUGAGAGUCGCAGAACCGUGUUUUACACCAAUGAAGAGUGGGAACUUUUAGACCCACCUCCUAAAGACCUAGAGGAGUCCCUGAUACAGGAGGAAAAGAAGAAGCAAAUGCCUGAGGGGAGCAAAGGAGUCACUAGUUCGGGAUUCCCCUUCGAGUUGGGGCGGCACCCUUACAAAGGAAAGCGCCCCUUGAGAGACAUAAUUGGGUCAUACAAAAAUCGCCACAGCAGCGGUGAUCCUCUGAUCGAGGGAAUGUCACCCGGUGCUGGAAGCCUUGCUAAACCCGUCUCUGAGAUGCAGCUGCAGAUUCAAAGCCAGCAGGAGGAGCUGGAGCAGCUCAAGAAGGACCUGUCCAGUCAGAAGGAGCUCAUUCGGCUGCUCCAGCAGACAGUCCGGUCAUCCCAAUAUGACAAGUAUUUUACGAGCCACCAAAUCAGCCAGGGGGUCCCCAGGGACACACUGGAGCUUCUCCACCAAAAGGACGAGCAGAUCCUGGGCCUCAGCGGGCAGCUGGAGAGGUAUGGUGUGGAGAAGGAGAGCCUCCAGCAGGAAGUGAGGACGCUGAAGAGCAAGGUGGGCGAGCUCAACGAGCGCCUGGGGAUGCUGAUGGAGACCAUCCAGGCCAAGGACGAGGUCAUCAUCAAGCUCAGCGAGUGUGAGGGCAGCGUGACUUCGCCCACCAUGGGGCCCAGCUCUCCUUUGGCCUCCCCAGCCAGCAGAGACCAGCUGGAGCUGGACAGGCUAAAAGAUAGUCUGCAAGGGUACAAAACCCAAAAUAAAUUUCUAAAUAAGGAAAUUUUGGAACUCUCCGCUCUACGAAGAAAUGCGGAAAGGAGAGAGAGAGAUCUGAUGGCAAAGUAUUCUAGCCUGGAAGCCAAGCUCUGCCAGGUAGAAAGUAAGUACUUGAUACUGCUUCAAGAAAUGAAGACACCAGUUUGCUCAGAAGAACAGGGGCCUACCAGGGAUGUCAUAGCCCAGUUGUUGGAGGAUGCUCUGCAGGUUGAGAGCCAAGAACAGCCGGAGCAAGCGUUCAUUAAGCCUCAUCUGGUCAGUGAGUUUGAUAUCUACGGGUUUAGGACUGUCCCUGAUGACGAUGAGGAAGAGAAGUUGGUUGCCAAGGUCCGAGCAUUGGACCUGAAGACUCUGUACCUCACAGAAAAUCAGGAAGUUUCCACUGGGGUCAAGUGGGAAAACUAUUUUGCAAGCACAAUGAACAGGGAGAUGGUAUGCUCUCCGGAGCUGAAGAACCUGAUCCGAGCAGGCAUUCCGCACGAGCACCGCUCCAAGGUAUGGAAGUGGUGUGUCGACCGCCACACCAGGAAAUUCAAGGAUAGCAUGGAGCCCGGCUACUUCCAGAGCUUGCUCCAGAAGGCACUGGAGAAACAGAAUCCGGCCUCCAAGCAGAUAGAGCUGGACCUGCUGCGGACUCUGCCCAACAAUAAACAUUACUCCAGCCCCACAUCAGAGGGCAUCCAGAAGCUGCGCAGUGUCCUGCUCGCCUUCUCCUGGCGAAAUCCAGAUAUUGGCUACUGCCAAGGCCUCAACAGGUUGGUGGCAGUGGCCCUCCUUUACCUGGAACAGGAAGAUGCUUUCUGGUGUCUUGUUACCAUCGUGGAAGUCUUCAUGCCUCGAGAUUAUUACACAAAGACUCUGUUGGGGUCCCAGGUGGACCAGCGCGUGUUCAGAGACCUCAUGAGUGAGAAGCUGCCUCGGUUGCAUACCCACUUUGAGCAGUACAAAGUGGACUACACCCUCAUCACCUUCAACUGGUUCCUGGUGGUAUUUGUGGACAGUGUUGUCAGCGAUGUCCUUUUUAAAAUAUGGGACUCUUUCCUUUAUGAGGGACCAAAGGUUAUUUUCCGUUUCGCCCUGGCACUUUUUAAAUACAAGGAAGAGGAGAUCCUGAAAUUGCAAGAUUCCAUGUCCAUAUUCAAAUAUCUCCGUUACUUCACUCGGACCAUCCUUGAUGCCAGGAAGCUAAUCAGCAUCUCCUUUGGGGAUCUGAACCCCUUCCCCCUGCGCCAGAUUCGGAACCGGCGAGCCUACCACUUGGAGAAGGUCCGGCUGGAGCUGACAGAGCUGGAGGCUAUCCGAGAGGAUUUCCUGCGUGAGCGGGACACUAGCCCUGACAAAGGCGAGCUGGUUAGCGAUGAAGAGGAAGACACUUGAAUGAACCCCCCACCCUAGGAUGCUGCUCUUCUUGCCUUUAUAACCAAAAGUAGCAAAGAGAACUCCAGGCGUGUCUCUGCUCAUUCGGCUGCCAGAAUGUAACGUCUGUGGCCUCUGGGUAUCUGCUGGGCAGAUGUCCAGAACUAAGCUGCACUUUCUCAUCUCUCAUUUGGGGGCAGAGGUCUGAUGGCUUUGCAGCCAUUUCUGUGCCACAGCAUUCAGUCACUUAUAUCACAGCCGUGCUUGCUGCCCGGCUGGUGACUCGCCAGUUGGCUGUUCCCAGGGGCCUGUUUACAGCAUCUUCCAGUUGUGUGUUUCACAAAAUCUACUGUGCUCCACGUCUCCCCAUGCUCUUUCUUUUUAUUCAUGGAUAGCACUGUGGAGGAAUGCAUACAGGGCUUCAGCGUGGCUGCUUCCAGGGAAAAGGUCAUCAUAAGGAGAGGGACCUCUUAAAAACCAAGCACAACUCUUAUUCAGAAGCAGCCUUCCUAGAGGGCAUGGGAGCCCUCUGCUGGUGGUUCACACUGCCAGCCACAGCCCCGUCUGGACUAGCCUUUGCUUUCAUACAUUGCCUGUAGCACUCACCCUGCCCUGCAGCUAGCCCCACCCUUCUCGUCGCAAGCUGCUUUGCCAGUUGCUCUAUCCUGACUUGCAGGGGAUUGACACACCUCUAGAAGCUGCUGUGGAAAGCUCUUCUAGCUGUGGGUGACUUGGAGGUGCCAUUCUCUAAGUGUGACUGGAUUGGGGUUCCAAGUGAACCUUGCAGUAGGCCCACCUCUGCAUGAAGGAACAUGGGAAAGUUUCCAACGUGGCAGAGCUGUGGCUUGCGGGCUCUUGGGUGGCGGUGGCCAGGGCUCUGAUACCAUGCCCAGCCACUGGGUGGCGAGUGAGGCUGACUGCCAGCCUUCUAGCUCUGGAAGCAUCUUUGCCUGAGGACAAGAGUGAUGAGCUCUCCAAGUCUUUUUAUUGCCUGGAUCAUCCUUGUCCCCAGCAGGGAGCUGGGGUCACUGUGGCCUCUGGCAUAGCAUAUUCUGGGGACUUGGGACACUUCCUUCUUGAAGCCUAGAGAGGGUCUGAACAAGGGAGGUUAUUUUUGCUCAACCCUAAGCAUCCCUGAUGGGUGGCUGUCAUGAGAACAUUUUUUAACACAGUAUUAUCGGAACACAAGGGAAACAGCCUUAAAUGGACUAUCUUACACUACCUGGAAAACAAAUAGGAAACAAUCCUUAGCUAGUAUAAACAGUGAGACUGAGAAUUGGAGCAAGGCAGUUGUAAGAAGUGCUUCUUCCAUGACCGGUUUCCUGUUUUUGCUAUCUACUUUUUAGCACUUGAAUGGCUGAGUCGCUUUUCCAGCAUCUUGACUGUGCUCAGCUUCUCUAAAUGUUGCUUCAUUUAUUGCCAUGUAAAAGGAGCUGGUCUCUAUAUUUAGUCAAUAGCCUUUGUCUCAUUUCAGCUAUGAAAAGUGUCAUCGUUGUGACUCCCUGAAACCAAAUGCCGGAGGAAAGCCCACCCCUUAUGAGAUGAUGGCUGUCAGCCUUGGGGACAGCUGCUAAGGAGGUGCAGUAGAUAGGGUUGGAGCCCAGUGGCUCAGCUCCAGAUGCCUGAUCACAGUUGCCAUGUAAGUUCCCCACUGAAAGGUGCCAGUCAGUCCAAAUAUGUAUUUGACAUCAAUUCUCUUUUAGCAGUGUGUGCCCAGUAGAGGCAUCUUAAAAGUAUGUGGUAGUUCUGGAGACAUGGCUUUAGUGGUAGAAUAUGUGACCUGGCAUGGCCUGGGUUCCAUCCCAGCAAUGCAAAAGGAAAAAAAAAAUCCCCAGUAUGCUCUUCUACCGUCCCCUGAGAGACAGCAUUAGUUUUCCAAGCAGUUUCAGUGGCCAGGUAAAGUCUCAAAGGUCUCAGACUCUCCUCCCUGCAGAGCUGAGAGGGCAUGGUUGCCUUCAUUCCAGUUUGGGGACAGAAUGACACAGGCUCCUCCCAGAGGCAUAAAGCCAGUGAUUGGAGCCGUCACCUCCCGUUCCCUCAUCACUGAGACCUCUCUUUACCCUCCAGUGCCCUGAGGUUCCAGACUUAAACCAGCCACCAUGCCAGGUACCCUUAACAUCAGGGGCUGCCUCAUGCUGCUGUUGAUUUGAACCUUUACCCAGCAUGCAACAUGUGGCUCCUUCCUGGUGAACCUUGUGGGCUGAGAAACCCAAAGCAUAGCCUCCAGCGUAUGGGUCCAAAUGCACGUGCCAUAGUGCGGGGAGCUCCCUGCCCUCAGAGCCCCCUCUGGUGGGUCUUACCAAUAGUUCAACUGUUAAUACUUUUAUAUUUUCACUACAUUUUAUAUUUUUAUAGACUAUUUUAUUAAGGUUUUUCUAGACUCUGUAAGACUUUUAUAUAACAAGUUCUAUUUUGUGUUCACGGCUCCCUUGUAUGUAUUUAUAUCAACCUGAACAUCCCAACUGCAGUUCCCUCCUGUUCCACCUCCUCCCCUUAGCCUUGACUAUUCCUCACUUCUGCUCAUCCAGGUCGCCUCUGGUGUCAGCUGUGCUCUGUUGGUACAGGAAGUAACUAGGCAGCACCCAGUCGGGUUUGUGAUCUGUGUUACCACACAGCCCCUCUCAGUCUCUGUACAGUGCUGUCUUCCUGAUCCACCCACCUCUGGGUGGGCCUGUUCAGGGAAGUCCUUGAAGAUGAGGCUGGACGCGAGCCCAGUGCCUGCGGUUCUCGUGUGGGCAGCUGGAGGGCUUGAAGGCACACCAUCAAGCGACUGUCCUUUUGUAUCACAGCAGCUCUUAUGCUCAUCUUUGAGUUAAACAUUAGACUCAUAAAGGGAGAAAUAAACUAAUUUGUAUUACA